GCGCCGGGCGCCGCCGCAGCGCCGGCGGCCUCCGCGCCAUCCUACCCACCAGCCCCCUCUUUCCAGCCGCCCCUGCCCCAGAGCGCGCCGCCGUCCUACCAGCCGGCGCAGCAGCAGCCCCCGCCGCUGCCGCAGGGCGGCUACCCCGGGCCGCCGCUGCCGCCGGAGCCGGCGCCGCCGCUGCCGCCCAGCGACGAGCUGUACGACCCGGUAGCAGCCGCUCAGGCGAUCGCCGCGCGGCUGCGGGCGCAGCAUGAGGGGCGGCAGCAGGGCGGGCAGGCGGCGCAGCAGCCGUGGCAGCAGCAGCAGCAAUCGCAACAGCAUUACCAGCCGUGGCAGCGGUAG